CUGCUUCUGCUUCCGCCUACCAGCUGUCUCUGUCUCGCCUUCCGCCCGCCUUACGUUAGACCUCACGCCCAGGCCCGAUUCCCAAACUUCACCCACCUCCAACUGCCUCCUUCUCGUCCCGUUGAGCCUCGCUCUACCGUGCCGUGCCGUACCUCCUACCACACACACGAUUACGGCGACACCGUUCAUCCUUCCCAAGAUAUCGACCGACGAGAGCAACCGCGGGUCCUUCCCGCGGUAACAGAGCCCGACCUGGACCCCAACUACGAUCCAGAUCCAAACUCCCAUCACAUUAUCGCCUCAAACAACCAGCCAACCCCCCCAAACGCCCAGAUAUCCUUCGACACAGACCUCUCGACAUCGGCCGCGGCCUCCCGCCCGUCCUCGUCUCCCCCUGACGACAUCGACAACCCGACUAUCCCCCCGACGUCCAUCGCCCAACAUUCCUCGACUGCCCCCGGAACGAUAGCAUCCCCUUCGGCGCCCCGUCAGGUCUUGGGCCGUAGACAACGAGCCUUUUCCGACUCGGAUCGGGGAAGCCCUCCUGCGACGUCUGCGGGCGCCAGUCAACGAUCCUCCCAUCGUGCUAAACGCAGAAGAGGAGGCUCCAACAUGAUAUCCGACGGCGAUGGCGUGGCCUCCAACGGAACCUCGAGGGCCUAUUCCAACGGCGCAAGAGCCGAUCCGCCCUUGACUGCAUCUUCUACCAACGGCACUCGCAAGGCCGCUGCCAUGAACGGCUCUUCCCGAACCGACAAGGAAGCCCUGCAAACCAUGUCAUCAACGUAUCAUGGGCACAAUCGUGAGGAGGUCACGCGCAUUCUCAUCCAGGCCUUGUCCGACAUGGGAUAUCACGGCGCUGCGGAAAGCGUCAGCAGGGACAGUGGUUAUGAGCUGGAAAGUCCGACAGUCGCGGCCUUCCGCAAUGCAGUCGUCAACGGCGACUGGGGCCAAGCCGAGGAGCUCCUCUAUGGAGCCGUAAUGUCUGACGACCAGAGCCAGCAAGGGAACGGGUUAGUGUUGGCACCCGGGUCCGACAGAAACGUGAUGCGCUUCUGGCUGCGGCAGCAAAAGUUUUUGGAGCUUCUGGAGCAACGCGAUACGAGUCGGGCUCUGAUGGUACUGCGCACCGAGCUCACGCCGCUAUACCAAGAUACUCAGAAGCUUCAUUUUUUGUCAAGUUUACUCAUGUGCCAAUCCACAGAGGAUUUGAAGGCCAAGGCCGAAUGGGACGGUGCUCACGGCCAGUCGAGAAAGGUUUUGUUGUCAGAACUAUCUAAAUGUAUAUCACCAUCGGUCAUGCUGCCGGAGAACCGACUCGCUGUUCUACUGCAACAAGUGAAGCAAAGUCAAAUUGACAGCUGCCUUUGGCACACCACCGCAUCAUCACCAUCAUUAUACUCAGAUCACGACUGCGAGAGGCGUUAUUUCCCCACAGAAGUCGCAUUGGAGUUAACAGACCUGACCGGCGAGGUCUGGCAAGUACAGUUCUCUCACGACGGCAAGCGCUUGGCGGCGUGCGGAAGCGAGGACGCUGUCGUCAUCUGGGAUCUUCCUGAUUUCUCAGUUUCACAAGUUUUGCGAUCACAUAACCACGGUGUUGGGAACUUUUCGUGGAGUCCCGACGAUACCAUGCUUGUGACGUGCUCGCAGGACAAGUACGCGCGGCUAUGGGAUACGACGACCGGGGAAUUGAUUGUCAAGCUUGAACGCUUCGAAGAGCCCGCCAGCGGUUGCGUCUGGUCGGCUGACAGCAAGAGCUUUGUCACCGGGUCUCUAGAUAAGCUACACGGAUUGCGUACUUGGAGCACUUCGGGAGAAAUGCUGUGCGAAUGGGGCAAGAAGCACCGGGUGCAAGACAUCUGUGGUUCACCCGAUGACCACUGGCUGGUUGCGGUCGACGAUGUGCAGAAAAUCCACGUCUACAACAGAACUACCCGCGAACUGGAGUACGAAAUGGAGCUCAAGGCGCGGCCGACUUGCGUGAGCAUCAGCCAAGACUCUCGUCAUCUACUUGUGAACAAGAAAGACGGCGAGGUGCAGCUGAUAGACCUGGCAACCAGGACAUCAGUACAGAAAUUUCUGGGCCAUACCGGAGGGGAAUUUAUCAUCCGGAGCGCAUUCGGGGGUGCUAAUGAAAGCUUUGUGAUUAGCGGCAGCGAAGAUGGACACAUUCUCAUCUGGCACAAGAACAGCGGUGCUGCAGUUGAAAGACUUGAAGGCCAUCAACCUCGGACCAAUGCUGUGAGCUGGAACCCAAAGGACCCAUGUAUGCUGGCGUCGUGCGGCGACGAUGGGAAAGUCAAAGUGUGGUCAAACAAGAACAACAACUCAGCUCUCAGAUUACGUCAUAACGGAGCAUCGUCAAGAGGCUCCAAUGGUUGGAGAGAAGAACGAACUGACGAAUAG